CCUGUAUAGAACAUCCGCUAUCCACCUCGCCAACAUGUCUUCCGAAUCACGUCUCUACACCAUCUCCCCAGAAACCAAAGACAAACUCCGCAAGUUUCGUCUCGGAACCUCCAGAGCCAAAGAUCCCCAAGCAAUUAUCUACCAAAUCAACAAAUCCAACAUGGAGAUCACCCCCUCCGACAACCCUCAAGUCGUCUACACCAACAUGCUCGACCUCGCAGAUGAACUUCCCGAUAAUACUCCUCGCUUCAUCUUAUUGAGUUAUCCUCUCACUUUGUCCUCCGGCCGCCUCUCAGUCCCCUACGUAAUGCUCAACUACCUGCCCCCGACCUGCAGCGCAGAGAAUCGCAUGUUGUAUGCAGGAGCAAAAGAAUUGAUGCGGAGUACGAGUGAAGCGGGGAAAUUGAUUGAGAUUGAUUCCGCAGAGGAUUUGGAGGGGAUUGAAGAGGUGUUGAAGGGGGAAGAAUAG